AUGAAUGGAAUUGAUUUACUUUGGUCCAAGCAUGUUCUCUGGCUUAACCCAUUGAGCGAAUUGCUCCUCGGUCAGGAUUCCGAGUUUGACGGCCUCCUGGACGAGAGUCGUGCCGUUCUUGUGGGCGGUCUUGGCGAUCUUCGCGGCGUUGUCGUAUCCGAUGUGUGGGUUGAGAGCGGUGACGAGCAUAAGGGAUUCUCUCAUGAUCUGGAAUAA